GUGCUCCUCUGAGUGGAAAGUGUUUGUGAACAAGCGCCGAGCCCUGAGCCAGAGCAGUCAGCUCUAAUUACCAGGCGCUUUGAGCAGCCUCCGUCCUGACCGGACUCCGAGAGGCCUCUCCAUCCCAGGCGCAGCCGGUGAAGGGGAACUCUCAUGGAUCUCUUGAACGUGGAGGCUGGAGAGGCAAGGAGACACAUGGACUCGCCUGCCUGCGUCUUGGAACUGCUGGGGCUGCUGGUCUACGUCGGAGCAUGGCUCUGCGCUCUGGGCAGCACCAUCCUGCCACAGUGGCUGACCAAGUCCACCUCUCUGCUGCCCACCGAGAGUUACGACUUGGGACUGUGGGAGACCUGUGUGGUCCAGGACAUUGGCGGCAUGGAGUGCAGGUCUUACGACAGCCUUUUGGGCCUUUCCAGCGACCUCAAACUGGCCCGCAUCUUGAUGUGCACCGCCCUCGCCGUGGGCUUGCUGGGAAUCGUGGUCGCCAUACCCGGACUCCACCUGAUCAACAGCUGCAAAGACUAUGAAGGCCACCGAACCAAGAGGACUCUGACCAUCACCGGAGGGGUGCUGGGGAUGAUGUCCGGGGUGCUCUGUCUGGUCCCCGUCUCCUACGUCGCCCAUUUGGCGGUGAUGCAUUUCUUUGACGAGAAGGUUCCCGAGGUGGUGCCUCGGUGGGAGUUCGGAGAUGCCUUGUUCUGCGGCUGGGCAGCAGGGUUCCUCCUGGUGGUGGCCGGGCUGAUCAUGGUGACCUCCACCUGGUGCUCCCAGGCGGAGCACCACCCUGCGCCACAGAGGAGGUGCCACGCCAAGAGAGACCGUGACCUCAGAAAACGCUCCGAGUACGUUUAACGAACGGAACAGCACGAUCACCUGUAGAGCUGCACUUCAAACUGCUUUACACCAAUGACGUCAAUGAUUUUUAUAUAUCAAAUGCAAGAUAAUGUGUAAUAGCUGAUCCAGCCCCCCCCCCAAAAAAAACA